GCCCAUUUCACUGGCGCGUUCUUUUUUCCUUCUCUCCUCACUCUACCCACAACAUCCUUCUCGCCAAUUCUUUCCUGUCUCGAUUGUGUCCCUUUCUUUUUCAGCACAAACAGGAACGACACCUCUUCACCUUCCUCGCAUAGGAUCCCUUGCGAAUGUACAACAACGACAUCAAAAGGCGUCUUCCAGUGGGCCAGUCUGGCACGGCGAACUUCAGUGACGCCACCACAGAUGAGUUCCAGGCAUCAGAUCCUUAUGGGCCUAAUCCACUGAAACCCGCAUUCCAACAACACCAACACCAACACCAACACCCAAACCAGCAUCUGCACCUUCGAGAACACCCAUCUCAACGAACGCACAUCUAUAAAGAAUACUCGUCUAACAAGUUUAUUCGUUUUUAUCAAGAAAACGACUCGAUUCUGAUUCCUCUUAUUCUCACACUGCUGUCGUUCUGGACCCGUUUCAGGGACAUCAAGGCAUCGGAUUAUGUCGUCUGGGACGAGGCGCAUUUCGGCAAGUUUGGAUCAUACUACAUCAAGGGCGAGUUUUACUUUGAUGUGCAUCCGCCCUUGGGGAAGAUGCUUGUAGGCCUUUCGGGAGCCUUGGCCGGCUAUAAUGGAUCGUUCGGAUUCGAGUCCGGGGCAACGUACCCGGACAUGAACUAUGGAUUUAUGCGCCUCUUCAACGCUUUUUUUGGUGCCAUAAUGGUCCCAUUCGCCUACUACACCGCCCAAGAAUUGAGGAUGUCGCGCACUGCCUGUGCCUUUGCUGCCUUCCUUGUACUGUGCGAUAACGCAUAUUUGACCAUCAGCCGAUUCAUCCUCCUGGACUCAAUGUUACUGGGAUCGACCUGUUUUGUCGUGUUCUGCCUUGUAAAGUUCAGGAACGAGCGCCACGACCCUUUCUCUCUGGACUGGUGGCUCUGGCUUGCGAUGACCGGUGUGGCUAUUGGAAUUGUGACCAGUAUCAAGUGGGUCGGCUUUUUUGUCACAGCCUUGGUUGGUUUGUACACCAUCGAGGACUUGUGGGAUCUCUUCGGUGACUUGAAUAUGCCUAAGCCCACCUACAUUAAGCAUUGGGUUGCUCGUGCAGCGUGCCUGAUUGCUCUGCCCUUUUCGGUUUAUGUCGCCUCGUUUGCGUUACACUUUGCUAUCCUCAGGAACAGCGGUACUGGUGAUGCCCAGAUGAGCUCGCUCUUCCAGGCGGGUCUCCGAGGAAACCAGUUCACCAGUAAUCCCUUAGAGGUUGCCUAUGGAUCCAAGGUCACGAUCAAGAACACUGGAUAUGGCGGCGGCUUGCUUCAUUCGCACGUCCAAACAUAUCCUGAAGGAUCAGGACAACAGCAGGUCACUUGCUACCAUCACAAGGACAGCAACAACAACUGGAUCAUCAAGAGGGCGCACGGUUUGUCGACGGAUUUUGAAGAAGUUCAAACUCUUCGCCAUGGCGAUCUUGUCCGUCUGGUGCACGAGGGAACUGGGCACAACUUGCACAGCCAUCGCAUCAAGGCGCCGCUGACCUCUAACCAGUGGGAAGUCAGUGCCUAUGGAAGCGACGAUGUUGUGGAUUCGAACGACGAAUGGAAAGUCGAGGUUGUCGAGGAACAGAGCUCACACCCGAAGAAUGGAGUCGUCAGAUCGUUGUCGACCACUUUCAGAUUGAGACACAACAUAUUGGAAUGUCUUUUGACGGCCGAAAACAAGAACUUGCCCCAGUGGGGUUUCCGCCAGAUCGAAGUCUUUUGCGAUCAGCGCAAUCGCACUACUUCACCGCAUUCGAUCUGGAAUGUCGAACAGCACUGGAACGACAAGCUGCCUGCUGGUGGCGACUCGACAUACAAGUCCAAGUUCUGGAAGGAUUUCUGGCAUCUGAAUGUAGCGAUGAUGACUUCCAACAAUGCAUUGAUCCCCGAUCCGGACAAGGAGGACGUCCUAGCCUCGAACCCCAGCCAAUGGCCUCUUCUUGCAGUGGGUCUCCGCAUGUGUGGAUGGGGCGAUGACAAGAUUAAGUUCUAUCUGCUUGGCAAUCCAAUUGUGUGGUGGAGCGGUACAUUAUCAAUCCUGGUGUUUAUGUCGACAUGCGCCCUUUACAUUAUUCGUCGCCAACGCAAGUUUCAGGAUAUUUCGCCUGCGGAGUGGGAGCAGUUCCAGUACGCUGGCAAGAUUCUGGUUGGAGGCUGGUUCCUGCAUUAUGCGCCAUUCUGUAUCAUGGGACGAGUAACGUACCUGCACCAUUACUUCCCAGCCCUGUAUUUUACAUUGCUGCUGUUCAGUUACAUACUGGAUCAUUUCCUGUACAGACCCGCAGUCAGUGCCAGGACAAGGGCAAUUGUUUGGGUAGUUGCAUUUGCGGCAGUUGCAGGAACGUUCCUCUUCUUCUGGGACACGAGCUAUGGCAUCAAGGGACCGGUGUACCCAAGGAUGAAGAACCGCCAGUGGCGUGCAGCAUGGAACAUCAUUGAUGACCACAAACCGAAUACGUUUAUUUAGGAAGACCUUUUCACCCCUACCCCCUUACAGGUCGGCAUCGACUACUACAAAUGCAUACAUACAUUAUCUGCUUCUUCGAAAGGAAAAUGAAGG